AUGUUUCCCUCCGUUCAGCUGAAGAGAAGUACACUCUUGAGACUCUCCAAGAUUCUAUCCCUGUCCGCCGUCACAUCUAGGGGCAAGGCGCAGGAGUUAAUCAAAAACGGGAAGGUGAACAACCAGGUGGUGCGUCAAAACGUCGUCGUGGACAUAGACUCGGCUAUCGAGCUGGACGGGAAGCCAAUCGUCGUGGAUGUGACGACCAAACUGUGGGGAAUCUACAAACCGAGACAUGUAUUUUGCAGCUCGGAGAGGAAUUACGAAUAUGAGGAGAAGAGGGAGGCACUGAAGGAUCAUCCGCACGUGGUGGUGACAGGUCGGAGAUUACAACAAAGGGGUAGUUACUCCGGGACGCAGGUGCCACCUGGAGACAUGCGCAGGGGGUUCCUUUUGGAAGGAGGGACGCAUAUAAGUGGGAGAGGAAGAAGUGAUCUUUACCAAGGGCACUCAGGAGAGGUGACUGAAACAUUAAGGCAGUUAAAUUGGAGGGGAGAUAUUGUGAGGCCUCCCCCCGAAGUGGGAAAGAAGCAGGACGAAGUGGAGACAACACCCACACGGAGUGAACCCCAAAAGCUAAACACAAACCUCUUCGAUUUUAUCAGGAAAAAGAACAAAGCGUAUGAAACCAAAAAUAAUGUCACGAAUGACAUCCCUGAGCAUCUCAUCGUAGUGAACGCUUUAAGUGCCUCUAGCGAAGGACUGAUACUAUUAACAAAUGAUGGAGACUUCGCAAGGAAUUUAAAAAACACAGAAAAUAAUAUCAUCACAACGUACAUCGUAAAAGUGAAAGAGGAACUCACAAAUGAAAAGAUCAAGUUAAUUGAAAAAGGCUGCUACGUUGGUGAUCUGCACAUACGACCACUAAAUGUGGAUGUCAUCAAACCACAUUGUACCUCCCCCAAAUGGAUCAAACUUACCUACGUAGAAAAAUCACACACACAUUUAGACCUUCUUUUUUCAAAAUAUGGCUUAACCAUUAGGAAGUGCAAACGUUUUUCCUUUGGCCCGUAUAAAGCAUCCGAUCUGUCGGUGCACUUUCUCACGCCGCUGAAAAUUCACAGCACGCUCUCUAGCAUGGUUCCUAAGUACCAUCCCAAGUUGAUUCUCUCACAACCCACUGGCAAUGUCCUAACGGAUAAACAUGAUAAGUUCGUCCUGGUGAAGGACUAUCUCAAGGAAUCGGCCAUUCGGGGGGAGAAGGGCAGGACACACAAGAGUACAAAUGGAGACAAAGUUAUAUGGGGUGGGGGAUAG